AUGGCCCUGUCCCUGCCCGGACCCCUGGGACCCCCCGGCCGGAGCCCCCCGCGCCUGGCCGCCUUCUACCCGCCGCUGCUGCCCCCCGCCUCCGGGCAGCCCUCCGGCCGCUUCCAGUUCACCGAGGAGGAGCUGCACGCCGUCCUCUACGGAGCGGGGGUCGCCCCGUGCCCGCAGACCCACGCCCCCGGGUCGGAGCCGCUGGACAGAGACACUCUGCAGCUACCAGAAGGUCUGUGCGUCCUGCAGACGGCGGCGGCCGGAGACACCCCCCAGUGCGGCGUUUUCUGCAGCAGCCCCAUCCCCAAGGGGGUCCGCUUCGGCCCCUUCCAGGGAAAGGUCGUGCAGACCAGCGAGAUCAAGGCCAACGGAGACAAUUCCCUAAUGUGGGAGAUCUUCGAGGGCGGCCAGCUGAGCCACUUCAUCGACGGUCAGGGCGUCGCGGGGAACUGGAUGGCGGCGGUGCGGUGCGCGCGUUUCCCGGGCGAGCAGAACCUGGCCGCGGUGCAGCGGCGCGGCCAGAUCUUCUACGAGAGCUGCCGGGACAUCCCGCCCCGCAGCGAGCUGCUCGUCUGGUACGGGGACUGCUACCACCAGUUCCUCGGCAUCCCCGUCUGCCUCAAGCUGGCCGACGACCCCAACGGCCCCGACGCCCCGCAGCCGACGCCCGCGCUCGCGCCCGCACCUGCUCCCGCACCUGCCGCAGAGGCCGGAGAGGGCUACCGCUGCGAGCGGUGCGGGAAGGUGUUCGCCUACAGGUAUUAUCGCGACAAGCACCUCAAGUACACACGCUGCGUGGACCUCGGCGACCGCAAGUUCCCCUGUCAGCUGUGCAGCCGCUCCUUCGAGAAGCGGGACCGGCUGCGCAUCCACGUGCUGCACGUGCACGAGAAGCACCGGCCGCACAAGUGCUCCAUCUGCGGGAAGAGCUUCUCCCAGUCCUCCAGCCUCAACAAGCACAUGCGGGUCCAUUCCGGGGAGCGGCCAUAUAAGUGUGUCUACUGCAACAAGGCGUUCACGGCCUCCAGCAUCCUCCGCACGCACAUCCGGCAGCACUCCGGGGAGAAGCCCUUUAAGUGCAAGCACUGCGGGAAAGCGUUCGCCUCGCACGCCGCCCACGACAGCCACGUCCGACGCACCCACAGCCAGGAUCACCAGGCCCACGACGGCACCGGCUCCGGCGGCGGGAAAGCCUGCCCCGACCCCGACCAGUACCACUUCCACAUGAAGUUCCACGGCGCUCUGUAG